UAUUUAUUUGCUAUUUGGACUGGAUGCAGGGCCAAAAUGCAUUUACUAGAUCACGGGGUGGUCUUCCAGUUGGAGAUGGAAUAUCUUUGAAUUCUGGUGUGCAUUCUGUUGCUGAUAUUUCACUACAUGAUCAAUUUUCUUGUGGAAAUGACUAUGCCUUGAAGGUAAGAAAACCAUAUACUAUCACAAAGCAGAGAGAGAGGUGGACAGAUGAAGAACAUAAGAAGUUCCUUGAAGCCUUAAAGCUAUAUGGCCGGGCCUGGCGACGGAUUGAAGAACAUGUUGGCACAAAGACUGCUGUUCAGAUUCGAAGUCAUGCUCAGAAGUUUUUUUCUAAGGUUGUUCGAGAGUCUAGUGGGAACAGCACAGCCUUGGAGGAAUCAAUUGAAAUUCCACCUCCACGACCUAAGCGGAAGCCAAUUCAUCCUUAUCCUCGUAAACUAGUUGAGAUUCCAAAGAAAGAAAUUUCCAACUCCGAACACCCUCUGAGGUCUAAUUCUCUCAAGUCAUCAGAUUUUGGUCAAGAAAACAAUUCUCCCAAGUCAGUGUUAUCUGCAAUUGUUUCAGAAACCCUUGGAAUAUAA